AUGCCACAUAAUGACCAAGACGUGGAAUCGAACUUUUACGAUGUUGAUGAUAUUUUAGCCAAGUCUACCGGCGUAUCUUGUUUGUUUAACAAAAAUUCACCAGCGGGUAUGUUUCCACCGUUAUAUCGAACUAUAAGAAUUUUUUUAAACUGUUUUUUUAUUUCAAAAAGAAGUUUUAAAAAAGAGAAAAAUUAAGGUUCUGUAAGUUGCUUGCAAUACAAUUUUGUUCAACUUUCACAUCUUCGAUAUAGUCUAUUUAGAUUUUGAAUAUUGUCUGUUCAGAUUUCGAAAGUCAAGUGGUCGCUCAAGCUCCGCUCCUAAUGGUGCGAUAAACCAAUCAGAGAGCGAGCCAUCCACAUAGUGUUUGUCAAUGACGUCAUUGCACUUGACAUUAAAAAUCUGAACAGACUAUAUCAAAUCGGUCUUCAAUCUCUGAAUUAGCCAAUCAGAGAGCGAUCCAUCCACAGGUUUUCGAAUGAUGACAUUGUACUUGACAUUCAAAGUCUGAAUCGGGUAUAUAGUGAGUUCCACGCUUGACGUUCACAAUUCGUGAGAAAAGCAGGAUUCAGUUCCGGAAACACUGUGCGCUUUUGCUUUAAAAAACUGCAAAAAAGACGACAAAAAAAGUUCUCGAAGCGGAGGGUUCAAAAUUGAUACAUUCUAGUAUACAGUCUUUUUUGCAGAAAAAAAAACGGAACAAGCUUGCGCGGUAUGGGCUAUAGUCUAUUCAAAAAUCCUUGGUGCUACGCCUGUUCAAAGUGGUCGAUCGUAAUACGGUAGUUUUGUAAUAUAUUGGAUAACAGAAAUUUUCAAAUAAGUUGAGCCGUAACUACCCUUCUGACCUUAAAGGAUUACGAAAAAACCUUCAAAAAACGAAAAAAAAAAAAGAAUAAUGAGCGCAACGGUAGAAUUUUUCUUGAAAAAAAGUCCCGCGGAAACUGAAGCGAAACAAAAUUUUCUGAUAAAAUUUUGAUUAUGUAUGCCUGUCUUCUAUAUAUAUUUUUUUCUCUUAAAAAAAUUUUUAUUAGGAGAGUGUAAUAACACUUUUUUUUCAGAUUUCUUCACCGAAAUGCUGGGAAUAAGAAAAACCAAACAGGUUGAAGACAAACAGUUUUCGUCCGAAGUUCCGCUCUGGUUGGUAGAUUCCGUUCGUUCACACUGCACAGUAUUUUCUCUUUUGAGUAAUUAGCUUCUGAAUGUUUCCAGAUAUCUUUACCUCAAACUUUCACUCCCGGUAUGAUAAGCGUGCUUCAAGCUGAUGCGCGUUCGGUGAACCUCGCCCGCAACGAAAAAUAUUUCUACGUCUUGGGAAUAGAGCUCUGCCAUUUAUUCAAAGAUGACGAUCAAGAAACGGCAACAAAGUUGGCUAAUUGUAUUUUGAAUACUCUUACUCAACGUGUAGGAAGUUCAUCAGAUAAUUUUUCAGUAUAAUUAUAACGAAAUUCAGGUGUGGUCGCGAAAGCUCUCCAUGGAGAAAUGAAAGCUGACAAGCUGGACUGUCAAGAAGAAGCAAUUUUUGAAACUGGGAAACUUUGCAAACUAGACAUUGAUGACUGGUUGAACUGCACGUCUACUGUAUCGAGAAGGAAAAGAAAACUAUAG